AUGCUAGCGAACAAUUAUCUCGGGGACAUCCUGCCAAUGGACGGGAAUCGGAAAGACCUGCCUCGGCUCGCAGGACGACGAUGGGAAGAGUAUUCUGGGAAGCAGAUGCUACUGUCCACAUUUUCUGGGAAUGGGAAUGUGCUUCGUUCACCCAACAAUUCUUCACUUUCGUCGCUUUUGCUUACUCCGGACACGCCACUACCCAGGAAACAUUCUGAUGCUGCACAGCCCAAUCACACGUGGCCUGCCGUUGGUAUUCUACCUCCAAUGCAUCCCUCGCUGAGCUUACAAAAUUUAGCAUGCCCACCACGAUUCUGCCAAAUGCAAGUCAUCAGACAGUCCAGCCACGAAAGUGCCCAAGAAAUUGAAGGCAGUCAAAGCAAACUCUCUCGUUCUUUGCGCAGCCAUCAGUCUCGCCACCUUGCAGCCAGGGAAAUUCAUCAGGGCUUGCUCGCCUCAGCCACGCCUUCAGAUUCGGCUUCGCGCAGCAAAGCGGCGUGGUCGCAGCUGAUGGCUCCAAUCCAACCACCAAAUUGCUUCGUACAUGGUGAUCCCGUGAAGGAGAAAACCAUCCACAAGCCAGGUCCCAACAAGGGGAAAACAUUUUUCCUCUGUGCGAGUGUUUACCAGGAGCAGGAGCAUUCUGUGUGGAUUGUCCGUAAGUUCAAGCACCGAAGCUCGGCAUUAUUGAUUCAGGCCGGUUCAUUCACAGUACAUUGCCCGUUGGUUGCUUGA